CCAACGGCCGUUCGCGCGCCUCCAAUCAAAUAGUUGGUGGGUUGGUGCACAGUGGGUUGGUGUUUUUGGAUUCCGUAGAACGGGAGGGGUAGGUUUUGUUCUUGUUGGAGGAUUCGAAUUUGGGCAGGUAGAAAGAUUUUUCUUCAUGGCCGACAAGGAGAAUGUGCCGUGCACCUCCAACGCAUCUCAGACCACCGCCGAACCAAAGGAAGAUCGGAAGCCGUCCGAGACCUCCAGCAAAAGGUCUGCCCCAGACUGGUCACUAAGCGACUUUGAAAUUGGGAGACCCUUGGGCAAGGGCAAGUUUGGCAAUGUGUACCUGGCUAGGGAGAAGAAGAGCAAAUUCGUCAUUGCCCUCAAGGUAAUGUUCAAGUCCCAGCUUGAGGCAAAUUAUGUCAAGCAUCAGCUACGCAGGGAGAUUGAAAUCCAGUCGCACCUGAGGCAUCCACAUGUGCUUCGGCUAUUUGGGUACUUCCACGAUGACGUCAGAGUCUACCUGAUCCUGGAAUAUGCCCCGGGAGGCGAGCUUUUCAAGGAGCUGACGAAAGAAAAGAAGCUUGACGACAAGAAAGCAGCCACGUAUAUCUACCAAAUGUGCAAUGCCCUCAAGUAUUGCCAUAGCAAGAAAGUGAUCCACAGGGACAUCAAGCCGGAGAACCUCCUUCUUGGAAAAAAUGGAGAACUCAAAAUUGCUGAUUUUGGCUGGUCUGUUCAUGCCCCGUCAUCCAGGAGGGACACCAUGUGCGGCACCAUGGACUACCUGCCACCAGAGAUGGUGGAAAACUCUGUGUACGAUGAGCGAGUGGACUUGUGGGCUGUUGGGGUCCUGACCUAUGAGCUGCUUGUAGGACACCCUCCUUUCGAGGCCAAGACGGCCAGCGAGACAUACGCACGCAUCCGCAAGGUGGACCUGCGUUUCCCCACCCACCUGUGUUCCGGAGCAAAGGAUCUCAUUUCCAGGCUCCUGCGAAAGCAGCCCGAGGAGCGUGCCACGCUGGAUGAGGUCCUUGCCCACCCCUGGAUUCAAGAGAAUGCUUCUACAUCCAUUGUAGCUGCCACCCAUUGACAUUGCCGUUUUAUCGUGAUGUUUUAGUACCGAGACUUGCACAAGGCAUUCGUUGAUCGUGACCCGGAUCAACCUCCACUGUGUAUAUAAUUUUAAAAUUGCUUUAUGAAACUACAACUGCUUGGGUAUAUAAUCUAGAUAUAAUAAAGCCCUUUUAUAGAACA